GGAGUAACACGGGCAUUUUGCAGACUGGCAAACGUAGUCAUCAGGUUUCCUGCAAACUUGCAAGAGGAAAUGCAAAAAAAAAGAGAAUUUUUUGCACUGGCCAACUUCCCUGAUGUGAUUGGAGCAGUUGACUGCAGCCACAUUCGCCUCUAUGGAGCACCAUUAGGUGAUAAUGAACAUCUGUUUGUCAACAGAAAAGGGUUCCACAGCAUAAACGCCCAAGUGAUCUGUGAUGCGAAGUUUAACAUCAUAAAUGUGGUUGCCAGAUGGCCGGGGAGUAUGCAUGACAGUGCUAUUUUUCAUGGAAGCCGUAUCAGUGACAGAUUUGAAAAUGGGAGAUUCCAUGGAGUUCUCAUUGGCGACACAGGGUAUGCCCUUCGUCCAUGGCUGAUGACCCCUGUACAAUAUCCAGCAACAAAUGCUGAAAGAAGAUACAAUAGGAGUCAUAGACGAACACGGGUUGUCAUUGAGCAAACCUUUGGACAGCUCAAGAGAAGAUUUCCUUGCCUUUCCCUUGGAAUGAGGGUAUCCCCAGAAAGGGCAUGCUUCAUCAUAAAAGCUUGUUGUGUACUCUUUAACAUCUCCAAGAGUCUCAGGGAGCCUGAAUUUGAUGGUGAUCUUGAUGAAGAUGCAGACGACAACUAUGAAGAUGAAGGCAUUCAGUACAACGGCCCUUUGCAUGAUGGCACAGUCAAGAGGAACGAACUAAUCAAUCGCUAUUUCUAA